CUACACUGUCAGCACGCCUAUUCCUUGUUAGAAUGGCGCGGCUUGCUGGGCGAGUGGGCAGGCUACCUGGCAGCUUCGGUAGGCGCAGCAUCUCCGUCGUUGCGGAGCCGACUCCAAAUCCAGAUUCCGUGAUGUUCUACCCCGAUGACAAGGAUGUACUGGGAGAAGGAACCAAGACCAUGAGAUUCAGCAAUAAGUACGAGACGAACGACUCUCCCCUUGCUGCCGCAAUUUUCAAGGUGAAAGGUGUAAACGAGGUUUUGCUCGCGGCAAAGCACGUGACAGUCACCAAGAAGUCAACAUCAGACUGGAACCUUCUGCAGCCGAACUUGGAGCUUGUCAUCAGCCAGUUUUACGCUGCCGGGCUGGAGGCACUGCGGGAGGGCGCUCGACAGACACAGGGGGCCUCGUUGGCCCUGGAUCCGGAGAGCAUCGAGGGCCGCGUUCACGCUGUGCUGGAAGAGCGAGUGAGACCUUUUGUCCAACAGGAUGGUGGUGACGUCCUGUUUGAGCGUUUCGAUCAUUCCAGCGGCAUUUUGUACCUCCGCAUGAUAGGUGCGUGCUCGGGUUGCCCUAAAUCCAGCGUGACACUGAACAUGGGCAUCAAGAACCUCAUGGAGCAUUACAUACCCGAGGUGAAAGAUGUGUUGCCAGCAGAAGACGAGGAGUAGAGUGGCAGCUCAAGAACCUUUGGCUCCGAGACCUGCAUCACGUUGGUCAAGAAAUGUACAUACAGGUUCCUCAGGUUCCUUUAGAGGGUCACACGUGCGGCUCGCGAAAGAUUGGGG